AUGUCGCGGUAUAAAACCUUCGUGAGCCCGUUCGCCAAGGUGUUCCUAGGAGCUAUCUUCACGUACCAGGUGAUUUACUGGACGUGGUUGAAGUUGGAGACGGAUGAGAUCAAGGUUGAGAAGAAUAAAGAGGUUGCAGCAUUGGAGAAAAAGGCUAGAGAAUUGACGAGUACGGCGAAAUGA